CUGCGCUGGGUUCUUCAACAGUUCCGUGGUAAGGUCGUUGAAAACAGAUCAGUGAGAGAAAUGGCAAAAGCAGCCCCAGCUAAAGCUCUCAAAUGGAGGCCCCCUAAGCCGAGGACGACUGGCUUCAGCGAACUCAUCGUUAAAGCUUUUCUAGUUUUACAGCUGAGUGGCUGUGUGUCCUCUGAACAGUGUCCUAUAGACUGGACAAUAGUCGACUCCAGGUGCUAUUUCCUCUCCUCUGAGAGGAAAACGUGGGAGGAGAGCAGACAAUACUGUCAGAGUAAAGAUGCUGACCUGGUAGUGAUCAACAGUGAACAGGAGCAGAGAGCAUUGUACCGCCUCAAUGGGGAUGCUCACCUCUUGUUCUGGAUUGGUCUGUAUAACACAACUGGAACCUUCAAAUGGGUGGAUGGAUCUGUGCUGGAGAAAGGAUUUUGGCUGCCUGGCCAGCCAGAUUAUGGUGGUCCCAACAACAGAGAGGGCUGUGUGGAGAUGUAUCACCGCCAUCCAGUGCUGACCAGCUGGAAUGAUGCCCCCUGUAGACAUGAGCUGCUCUUUCUGUGUGAGAAAGAGCCACACUAAUUUUUUUUUUUUUUUCCUUUUUGUAUAAUUGCUUUUUGUCACCGAUAAUAUACUUAAUAUAAAAAUCAAUGCAAAUUGAUCUUCUGGGAAUCAGUAACUAACCUAUUAAUCUAUGAGGACAUACUGAUUGCAUGUAGAGAAUUUGUCAGGGGAAGUUAAGGUGUUAUGCACAGUCUGGAGAUAAUCACCUGGAGAUGCCUAGGCAGCAUUUAAACAGUUUUUGCUGUUGUAGUACAUGGAACAAAUAAAAAACAAAGUCCUUUCCAUAAA